AUGCCGGCACCUAUGUCGUGGCUCCAAAUCCGAGGCCGGAGCAGCAGAUGUCCCGAGGUCUCGGGGUGCUGUUAUGCCGGCACCUAUGUCGUGGUUCCAAAUCCGAGGCCGGAGCAGCAGAUGUCCCGAGGUCUCGGGGUGCUGUUAUGCCGGCACCUAUGUCGUGGUUCCAAAUCCGAGGUCAGCGGCCAGCUCUACGGCUCUGAGAUGGACUGGAGGGCCGAGGCCCCUCUCAGUGCCGCUCGUCCAGGGAGGCGCCGAAGCUCUUCGCUGGACUACGGCGGCGUUUGCUUCGGCGGCCGGCGCUUUGUUGGUGCAGCUCCAGGUGGCAGUCGCCGCAGCAAAUGA